ACUGACGGAUUGUUCGUACAAUAAAGUAUACAAGAGCCUGAAGGAGUUUGCUCAAAAUGGAGAGAAUUUCUGCAAGCAGAUCACAUCCAUCCUUCAGCAAAGCUCCUAUUUAGAGUUUGAGCUGAUGGGAUUAGCAACGACUAUGCUCCUCACUAGCUGCGUCAGUCCUCUGGGCUUCUCCUAACUAAGUAGCACAACCUGUGUGGCUUGAAGGACAAGACUGUGAUGGUUCUGGAGACCAGAGGUCUGAUGAGAUUAAGACUGUUGGUUCCUGCUGUGGACUGACUUGAGGAUGCUGUCUCAUGUCCCCUCCGAGCUUCCGGUGAUUUGCUGACAAUGCCUUGGCUUACGGAUCUUCCUCUGACCCCUGCUUUCAUGGUCGUAGGGUCUUUCCCCAUGCACACGCCUGUCUCUGUGUCCAGUGCUCCCCCAUUCAUAAGGACACAUCAAACUGUGUUUGGGUCUCAUCUCUGAACUUGAUUGUCAACUUGGCAAGACCGAAAGUCACCUAAAAGAUGUACCUUUGGGCAUGUCCAUGAAGGCAUUUUCAGAGGGGUUUAACUGAGGUGAGAAGACCAAGGUGUGUUGCCCAAUCUCAUGGGCUAGGGUUCUGGACUGAGUAAAUGGGAGCACAUGAGAUGAGCACCAGCAUACGCUCUAUCUGCUUUGUGACUGCGGACGCCAUGUGAUCAGCUGCAGGAUGUCCCUACCACAGCGGACUGUGUACUCCAACUGGGGGCUAAAAUAAAGCCGUCUCCGCUGACAUUGCAUUGGUCGGGUCACACAGUGAAGCAAGUAACUAAUACACUGUGGAGCAGCACUACAACCGCUUUGUGGGAGGCACCAUCCAACCCAUAACACUGGCGGAAAGAAAGUCAAGGAGAAUACUUUGGGGAGCCUCUGGGCAAACCUGGAGAUUAACUAUGCCAAAGGACUUCAGAAACUGGCAGUCAAGCUGAGCAAAGCACUACAGAACACAAAGAAAAACUGUCUCAGCAGUGCCUGGGCCUGGGCCUCAGAGAGCAUGAAAUCCGCAGCAGACCUACAUCAAAAACUUGGCAAAGCAAUUGAGUUGGAAGCAAUAAAGCCAACGAACCAAGUUCUGAGUAUGCAAGAGAAGAAGAGAAAAUCCCUUGAUAAUGAAGUUGAAAAGACAGCAAAUCUUGUUAUUAACAACUGGAAUCAGCAAAUCAAGGCUAAGAAAAAAUUAAUGAUGAGUACCAAGAAGCACGAAGCACUUUUCCACCUCAUAGAAAGCUCCAAGCAAUCCGUGACCCAGAAGGAGAAGCAGAAGCUCCUCAACAAACUGAAAAAAUCAACUGAAAAAUUGGAAAAGGAAGAUGAAAAUUAUUACCAAAAAAACAUGGCAGGCUAUUCUACUAGACUGAAGUGGGAAAACACCCUGGAAAACUGCUACAAGAGCAUGCUGGAGCUAGAGAAGGAAAGAAUUCAACUUUUAUGCAAUAACUUAAACCAGUACAGCCAACAUAUUUCCCUUUUUGGACAAACGCUGACCACAAGCCACACACAGAUCCACUGUGCCAUCAGCAAGGUUGAUGUUGAGAAAGACAUCCAGACUCUAAUGGAAGAAACCGCAAUCCUGUCCACAGAAAACAAAUCUGAGUUCCUACUGACUGACUACUUUGAAGAAGAUCCAAAGAACAUAAUGGAUAAAGAGAGACGGAAAUUGUUGAUAAAACCGAAAUUGUUGAGACUGCAAAGAGACAUUGAGAAGGCCUCGAGAGACAAAGAAGGCCUGGAACAGAAGCUUAAUGCACUCUCCAGCAACUCCUCCUUCUCUGAUGCCAAAAGCCAGAAGGAUGCAGAGGCUUUAAUGGACGAGCACAGUUUGAAACUGGACCUUUUGCAAGCGAACUCCUACAAACUGUCAUCCGUGUUAGCAGACCUGGAGCAGAGGCCGAAACCCAGCCAUCCCUGCAGCGCCUGCAUUUUCAAGUGGAAAGAAAAGGAGCACUCUCACACUUAUGUAAAAAUAUCCCGGCCUCUUUUGACGAAGAGAUUAGAGAAAGCUGUGAGCAAGGCACCUUCUGGCGGGCAGAACAGUCCUAGCGCUUCACCUUCAGCGUCUGGUGUGUCCCAAGGCAGCAACCAUCUUUGCAAGGCCCUGUAUACUUUCCAAGCCAGGCAAGAUGAUGAGUUGAAUUUAGAAAAAGGAGACAUCGUGACCCUACAUGAGAAGAAAGAAGAAGGAUGGUGGUUCGGCUCUUUGAGAGGGAAAAAAGGCCAUUUUCCUGCCGCCUAUGUGGAGGAGCUGCCUUCAAAGGCCGGAAACACAGCUACGAAGUCAUAAAACAAGACCGGACACGUGGGUGGCCUUACAUGGUCUGUAAACGAUGUGGUGCAAAUAAAGAGGACGAGUUAUCAGCUUUGCAA